CUCGCUUUUCACAGGUCGAGUACACUACCUUAUAUGGAUAGCAUUAUUUAACACGUGACAGAAUUUUUGUCAAACAGAUUCUCCAAUCCAGUGAAUGAGUUGCAAUGCAUGACGGUCUACAACGUGUGUACGAUUCAACAGACGCACGUGGUUUUUGUCUGUUUUAUUCACAAUAUUUAAUUGCUUGCCGGAAUGUUUGUACAUCUUGAUUUUUACUUUAGAAGGUAAAAAAGGAAAGAUUACGUACCAUUAACUUUGUUCCAUGCUCACAUUGAAAAAUACUGUUGUUUUAUUUGAUCAAUUGUUGCUUCAAAAAUGAUCAGUAUCAAACGACUGACAAACAUACGCAUACAAGUACAUACAGGUUUUGAUAAGAAAAAACUGCACAGUUGUGUAUUGGUGACUUUUUCAUUGUGCACUAGAAAUAAAUACAGGUAACCGUACAUUUUUAACAUACGUGAAUAGCCACGGUAGUAGAAAUGCACAAAUAUACAAACGCAGAAGCGCAAGCUGUGCAGCAUAUACUAUUUUGUCCGUUAAGCAUUCUGAUGAAUGUCCCUGAAGAAAAUAUCAACGCGCAUUCUAAUAAUGUUGUCUUAAAUAUGGGAUAUCACGUGAAAAAACGGUACUCGCUGCUUCAUAUUCUAGAGGACGUACCUCUCUUUUGAACGUUGACAAUGGGGUAUUUAAAUAGGUUGAUAUAAGUGCUCAUAUGCAAUAUUUUUUAAAUGUGAGCAUAGAAAUUGAAGUUCAGACAUAAUUGUCCAUAUUAAUUUCAUAAAUUCUGAAAAAUCAUUCAAAAUGAGUUUCCAAAGAACAAUUAAAAAUGGUAUAUAUUUUCAAUACGCUUUGUAUACACUGAAACUUGUAGUAGCCCACAAUGCCUUGCAACUCAUUCACCUGAUUGGUUUGUCGAUAAAAGUAAACAGAUGGCUAAUUUAGUAUGCAGAUUUAUGCCGACGUCACAAAAUAUAGUGGUCUCGACCUGUUUCAGAACAAUCGUUGAAUUUCUUCAAAGUAAACAAGUAUAUUUCAAAGUUUCGAUAUUUAUUGAUAUGUCGGACCAAAUUGGCAGCGUUUACUAUAUUCUUCUUGCCGAUAAAAUAGGAAAGAAGAAAGAGAGGGGAAUCGUACGGACGACAUCUGAAUACGUAGAAGUGUUACCUGGAACUCUAUUGUUUCUAACGGAAGAACGAUUUGAUAAACAGACGUACAUUCUGUGGUGGAUAUUAGGGACUUUAGACCAAGAAAAUAUUGAAAUCGAGUGUCAACCGAUGGAUACUAGACAACUGAGCAAGUCGGAGUUUGCCCUUCUUCAACCUAUUCCCGAUUGUGAAGAACGUCUGUCCAUUUUGCAAGAUCAGUUAUGGCUUAAAGAGGGGGCAGAACUCCAAAUUUAUGACCAUGUGACGGUAGCCGUAAAGGGACAACCUUAUUUGAAGGGGAUAAUUAAAUACAAAGGAGAAUUACCCGGAGUGAAGGGGAUUCAAUUCGGAAUAGAACUACUGGGGGAAAGUAAAGGUAAGGGAACUUGUGAUGGGAUGAUCCGAGAUAGACGAUUUUUUACCUGUGAAAAAAAUUGUGGAAUUUUUGCAACAAUUCGCGACAUACGGAGAGACCAAUAUGCUGACCGAUCAGACCGAUUGUACCAAGAGGAGCAAAAGCAGAUUAGGGAGUCCGGACUUAAAGAGAAGGACAGAAUCGUAUGGAUUAGUGACAAUGGUCCGGAGUUUGGGGAGGUCAAAUGGAUUGGGAUUCUGCCGGACAGUAACAGAAUGGAUAUCACAGUGGGGGUUGAAUUUGACAAUCCAGUUGGAUCAGGUACUGGAAAGUACAAAGAGCACAGACUGUUUUUUGCAAAAACAAACCAUGCAUCGUUAGUUCCUAUAAUGGGUAUAAUGAAGGCUAGUGUGUACAUGGAAAUGAACCAAUGGACAGGACCCUUAAAUGACUUUAUCGUGGCAAGCAAUCCGCCCUGUUCUAAAAAACCGUACCAGGUUUGGAACCAUGACAAAACUGUGGGCAGAAUAAUAAGUGCCUCAAAGCUAGAGGAACUGCAACUGAAAGCAAAGGAAAAAUUUGACAUUAGCACCAACGUUAAGCUGGUCCUAGAAAAUGGGUGUAUAAUUGAUGAUGAAGAGGCCUUCCAGUUACUUCAGGGUAGUGUUAGUGCAGUGUUUUGCCUCAAAGAAGGUGAAAGUCUGUCAUUUGCAGGACCAUCCACUCAGUCUUCCGCAUCAGGUGGUAAUUCCAGUCAUCGCUUACAUCUAAAGCAACACACAAGAAAUAAACAAACUUCCACUACUAGAAUUCCUCAGGUGCCCGAAUGCAUAAUUUGUGAAGAGAGAUUCUCCGACACAUUUUUCAUCCCAUGUGGACAUAUCGCCUGCACAGUUUGUGCAGAAGAGUUGACCAAGAGAGGAAAACAAUGUCACAUUUGCAGAGGAAUUUUCACUUCAACCUCCAAAUUGUUUUUUUGACAUUUAUACCCAGUCAUUGUUUUUGUAUUAAACACUUAUUUGAUUGCUAAAUAGUGAACAACUUUUGUUUUAAACACUCUUGUAAAUUUUAGUAGCAUAAAAACUGACGUCCUGUAUGUUUCAGUAGCAGAAAACUAAUGAGUUGUUGACCAUGGUUAGUGGAGAAUUUCUUAUUUGUAAACUGAUCUUUUUUUAAUUGGCCUGCCUGCUAUUAACAUUUUAAUAAUGUUUUAAGGUUUUGUGCAGUAGUAGAAAACUAUUGUAUAUAUAGAGUGAGGUCAAACUAAUAUUUACUAAUUUUGAUUCAUUGUCAGGAAGAACAUCUCGCAUGUUUUAAAAGGUUUGACACUAGCCAAGAUUUGCGGAUCUGCAUGUUAGAUGGUAAAAAAAUAGACAUUCCUAGAGUUGAUUUUAAAAAAAAAUACAUUGAGGAAAAAUUACACGGAUUAUCAGGAAGAGACGAGUUUUGAUAAAAUUGUAAAAUAAAACUAAUUGUCGUUU